GACCAAUUAAAAGCAGCCAAAACCCAAACCUUUAAAUUGGACAGGACGAUAAUCAAAUUCGAAGACCAAUUUGAGAAACUGUGUUACAAGUGUGGACAGAGUAGGCAUAUCGCCUUUCAAUGUGAGAAGGCAAUCAACAAGGAGGCAGCGGAAAGACAAGGCAAACUAGAAAGGCAAAUGGAACAGAUAAAAAAAAUGCUAAGCAAACUUUUGGAAAAUGGUCAGCUACCAUCUAGUAAAAAGAGGCAACAACAUGAAAGACA